GAGUGGCCGACUUGAAAACAAAGAGACAAUGUAUGGCAACCAUAAAUAGUAUCAGUAGAGUAUAAAUACAGUACAGGUUCACAUUGGCAGUAUCCUCUGGUCUGAUCGAUAUCAACCACAUCAGACUUAACUACAGUCUUUAGAUUCUGUGAGUGUGCUGAACGUUGACUUCUAUCACAAUGCUGCAUAUCUGCCUGAUUAUCUCUGUAGUUUGUGCUACAGGCACUACAAUGCCUUUACCUGAUCUCUUCUCAUACUCGCCUGCUGUCGGGGGUGGAAGUGGAACAGAAUAUUCCACUGCACAUGAGGGAUGUAUUACUGGAAUUAAAAUUUGGGAAUACUCUGGCAGCUAUAUAUAUGGGCUCCAACUGAAGUAUGACACAAACUGGACAACAAUUAUUGGUUCAGAGAAUGGUAAUCCACAGGUGAUGGAAUUCUAUGAGAAAGAAUACAUCACUCAGAUCUCUGGAAAGUACGACUCGAGUUACAUCUAUGAGCUCAUCUUUGUCACCAAUCUGGGGCGAUUUUUAAAAGUGGGGCAGCCUGCUGGAAACUCAUUUAACAUUUACCCAGCCCAAAGAGGGAGUGAUUUGCGCUUUCUCAGCAUUCGAACCAAUGGAUGGGCCAUCGCGUCUAUUGGGGCUCAUUGGUCCGUGAUACGUAACUGUGACAUGUCUGUGAACACAGCUAUAAAAAAAGUCUAAUAUUUUAGCAUUGAGAUGAAUAGUUCAUUCUAUUUACUCUCAUUUAUCAUAUACCUUUGUUUUCUUUUGUGGUUUAUUGUAUCUUAAUGAUUCUUAUUUAACGUCUGGCAAUUGGUUUUAUUCUGUAAACUCUUUUAUGCAAAGUCCAAUAACAGCAUUAAUUUAAUUGUUUAGUAUGAAUAAACAACUUAAGCAAUAAACAUGUGAACAAAAAUUCCUAAAUUCCAUCAGAAGUCACGGUCUAAUAUACAAUUGUCAUUAUGUAAGGUAAAGGUAGUCUAAUCUGUAGAAUCAUGUAAUGUCUACUAUGAGGAAACAGUACUGUUUUGGGUUCCUGUAAUUUACUGGCAUUUCAGGAUUUUUCAAAGGCCAGCCAUUUCUCAUCAUUGUCACAUCAUGUGUGGUGACUGUUAUGCUGACUUUGAUGAUUAUCAUUUUAUUUUGUAUUCCUAGACAGCUUGAAAAUAUUUACUGUAGCUUUGGAGCUUGUCAAACAAUAAAAGCAUACACAAUGCAUGAAGACUACACAUUUUAUUUCCUUUUUGUUCAUUUGUUUGCUAAUAUUUUGCCUUUGUUACACAACUGUUAAAAUUAGUUAAUGCACAGUGGACUAGCAUAAACAAUUGUACUGGCAAUAACUAACAUUAACUUUAUUGAACUUUAUGAAUAAAUGCUGAUUAAUAAAUGCUGAGCAACUAUAUCCUCAUUGUAAAGAUAUUU